AUGUCUGAUACAAAUUUCAAAGCUCGGUUAGAGAAAUUCAAUUAUUAUAUCAAAAACUUACCUCCACAUGAUUACUUUCAAAAAAACAUUUGGGACCGGACAAGUUUAAUAUCUUUCGAACAUGAUAAAUGUAUUUUUGAGUACGUGGUUGACCCAAAAGACUGUAAUUCGUCUGGAGCGAUACAUGGUGGAUUUAUCGCUAGUUUAAUUGAUAUCGUUUCCACCGCUGCUAUACUUGUCUUUCAAG